GCUCUGUGUUGAAUUGACAGCGGGCAGAAAACGUAAAAGGAAAGAAAUGUCUGGCAUCGGCUUUUACAUACGUGUUGUGUUUAUUCAUAUGAGGUAUUAAACUGGACGAAAUAAUGAAAUAUUUGUACAUUUUAUUAUUUUUGUGUGCUUUAGUUUAUGGUGAUGAACAUACUCAUACUUAUAAGCAAGGGGAGCAAAUUGUGCUAUGGAUGAACACUGUUGGCCCGUAUCACAAUCGUCAAGAGACUUAUGCGUAUUUCUCACUACCGUUUUGUGUCGGGACAAAAGUUACCAUUGGACAUUACCACGAGACUUUAUCUGAAGCUCUACAAGGUGUAGAAUUAGAGUUUAGCGGACUCGACAUUACCUACAGGGACAAUGUUCCAGCACAGCAAUUUUGUGCAACAGAACUAGAUGAGCAAGCAUACAAGGCCCUAGUUUAUGCAGUCAAAAAUCACUAUUGGUACCAAAUGUAUGUGGAUGACUUACCUAUAUGGGGAAUCGUUGGAGAAAUAGAUGGUGACAAUUACUAUAUCUGGACUCAUAAGAAAUUUGAUAUUGGCUACAAUGGCAAUAGAAUAGUUGAAGUAAAUCUUACAGCGGAAAACAAAGAGAAACUGGCAUUAGGAGCUAAAAUUCCAUUUACAUAUGAAGUCAAUUGGAAACCAAGGAGUAUUAAGUUUGAAGAUCGUUUUGAUAAAUAUUUGGACCCUAACUUCUUCCAACAUAGAAUUCAUUGGUUCAGUAUUUUUAACAGUUUUAUGAUGGUCAUAUUUCUAGUUGGUCUUGUAUCCAUGAUCCUUAUGAGAACUCUAAGAAAAGAUUAUGCAAGGUAUUCUAAAGAUGAUGACCUUGAUGACUUGGAAAAAGAUUUGGGUGAUGAGUAUGGAUGGAAACAGGUGCAUGGAGAUGUUUUUAGACCUGUUCCUCAUUUAGCUAUGUUUUCAGCUUUAAUUGGUGCAGGUUAUCAACUAACAGUUGUCACUUUAGCUGUUAUAAUUUUUACUAUAUUUGGAGAACUCUAUACUGAAAGAGGGUCUUUAUUGUCAACAGCCAUAUUUAUAUAUACAUUAUCAUCACCUGUAAAUGGAUAUUUCGGAGGAUCCUUGUAUGCCAGAAUGGGAGGAAGACUUUGGAUUAAACAGAUGUUAUUGUCAGCUUUUUUGUUACCAGUUCUAGUUUGUGGGACUGCAUUUUUCAUUAACUUUAUUGCCAUGUAUUACCAUGCUUCUAGAGCUCUUCCUUUUGGUAGCAUGAUUGAGGUAAUGUCUAUAUGUACUUUUGUGAUUUUGCCACUGACAUUAGUAGGCACUGUCCUUGGACGAAAUUUAGCUGGCCAACCAGAUUAUCCAUGUAGAAUAAAUGCUGUACCUAGGCCAAUCCCUGAAAAGAAGUGGUUCAUGGAACCAUUUAUAAUCAUUAUUAUGGGAGGAAUUUUACCUUUUGGUUCUAUAUUUAUUGAGAUGUAUUUUAUUUUCACAUCAUUUUGGGCAUAUAAAAUUUAUUAUGUUUAUGGCUUUAUGUUAUUGGUAUUUUUGAUAUUGUUGAUUGUAACAGUAUGUGUAACCAUUGUAUGUACUUACUUCCUUUUAAAUGCUGAAGAUUAUCGCUGGCAAUGGACAAGUUUUCUCUCUGCUGGGAGCACUGCUCUCUAUGUCUACCUGUACUCAUUUUAUUAUUUUCUAUUUAAAACAAAGAUGUAUGGUUUGUUCCAAACAGCAUUUUAUUUUGGAUACAUGGCAUUAUUUAGUAUGGCCUUAGGAAUGAUUUGUGGUACAGUUGGUUAUUUAGGCACAAGCUUAUUUGUACGUAAGAUUUAUUCAACAGUUAAAAUUGAUUGAGCGGUACCCAUUAUAAUGAUUAGUAAGAUUUUUAAAUAAUUAUUGUCAUAGUGACUGCAAGCAAUGUACGAGAGUUGAAAAAUAAUUUAAAAAAGGCAACUAUUAUCAUCACAUUGUAGUGUCGGCAUAUUUGUCUUAUAAUACAAAUAUUAUAGAUAUUACUGGAAUAUAAUCAGAUAAUCUUGAUUUUGGAAAUGUAAACAGAGAUAUCAUGAAUACACCUGGUGCAUUUUACAGGAUUUAUGUUUUAAAACUAAAUUACUAAUUUUUUGUUUUGAUUAUAUGAUGUAUUUUAUUGUGUUUGAGUUUCAGAGAAUUCCAUGGUCAAAAAUUAUUAGAGAAAAAUCGUGCAUGAUAUCUGAUAUAUCAAUAAUUUUUUGUCAUGUGUGUCAUUAAAUCAUAUUUAUUUCUGUUAUGUUCAAUAAGUUGCUUUUAUUCAAUGUUAAAUAUUUAACAAUGUUACAAAACUAAUAACUAUGCAUGAUCACUUAAAAAUGAUUUGUGAAUGAAACAUGAAUACAUUCUAUUCAUGUUUCAUAAUGUGUAAGGCGUUACUAUGAGGAUAUCAAAUAUUGUAGAUCCAUUUAGGGACUGUUAAAUUUGUAAAUUUCCCUAAGAGUGUGAUCUUUAAUUAAGUUAUAUUUAGGUAUAAUUUUACUGUCUAUAUAAUGUAAAUAUUACCUUAGAAAAUGUAGCUACUGACUUGCAUCUUUACUUUUUUUUUAAUUAUUUGUGUUUGUGGUUUAGGCAGAUAAUACCUGUAAUGCCAUUCCAACACAUUAAAUUAUAACAUUGUGAGAAAUAAAGUACUAUCUUGACA